AUGGCGCAAACAGCAAAAUCUCUAAGGGGAACUUACAUUGGCUCCGUUGUGGAUAACCAGCAGCUCUCGGGCACCAUGCUCAAUCUGUACCAGGCACCCCUGGCGGAUUUCAAGGCGCAGGUGAAACAAUGGACGACGGCCGAGACAGCAGCUUUGCAGUCCUUGUCCGACAAGGAGAUGGGGUCUCGUCAAAAUAAUACGAUUAUAGUUGUCUCGUUUGGAGUCUGGGACCUAUGGAACAUGAUCGGAAAGAGCUACGAAGAUUCGACUAGUAUGGUUGAUCAUAGCAUCCAGGUGAUCAUGGACCAACUUAAUGUGCUCUCUCAGCUCUGGGUCACAAAUGACCUCAAAGUCAUUCUCACGCUCACACCGGAUGUGACUUUCCUUCCGGCAUUUAGGCCGACAGCAGCCGAACAGCGCGUCAGUCGCCACAAAGACACGGUCAAGCUGACGGAAUAUUGGAAUCGCAAACUGCGUGAUGCCGCGGAACAGUGGGAUCAAGGCGUGAUCUACCUGUUCGACACCAACGCAUUUAUGGCAGACAUUAUCAAAGAUUGGCAGCUCUUCGCUGCUGGGGUGGAGGAAUCCAACGGGCUUGGAAAAAAUCAAGAUCCGGGCUGGGAGAACGUUGAAGACGCAUGCGUCGAGACUGGCCAGCAAUGGGUAUUGGUCACCAAGGAGAAACAAUGUGAAAAUCCGGACAAGUACCUUUUCUGGAACGAAAUGCAUCUCGGUCCAUCAGCUCAUCGUCUCAUGGGAACUGAAGUGUUCCAUGGGAUAGAAGAGAUGUGGCUCCGGUAA